AUGGGCAAGAAUUCCAAGAAGAGGCACACCGACCCCGGCACGAAGAAAGAUGCGAACAGGAAAUCUAAGAACACCGACUUUACGAUCAGCAUCUGCGUCUGCGUCUACAACUUUGCCAAGGGGGUGUGUGUCCGUCGGAUCGCCUUCCCGGGCAAAUUUCCAGUUGGUCGCUUCUGGGGCUCGAUACCUAGUCAGACAGGUAUAUGGACAAAGUUAGAGAAGAAGCCCACGGUGCUGACAACCUCGUGCAAAACCCUGAUUGUCACCAAGUGGCAGGAGGGUUUUACGGGAGCCGGUCCGAUAACAGAAACGUUGACGGCCGGGUCGGGUGAUAGUUGGAGUUUGUCUCCGGAUGGCACCUACUUGGCAAUCCAACGGGCUAGUGGUGUUGUGAUUGAUAUUGUAGCCUUGAGGAGGUGCAUUUGA